GUAACCUUGUGAGGGCCAGCGGGGACGAGGCGAGGGGUGGCGGGGGAUUCAACAGUGCAGUCGCGUCCGCCGCCUGCGACGGUCGUGUGUACGUGAGCGGCGCUGAUGCCGGCAAACCGGUCGGCUCGAUGGCGGGCCAACGCUUGAAUACGACAUGUUGAAACACGCGCAGCGGCCGCCGGCGGCUAACGAUGAUCACCGCUACCAAAACAUGCCGCGGCGGCCGCAUCACCACCUGCCACUCAACGUCUCGACCCUCGACUCGUCCAAGCAUUCCGUUGGUGGUACGUCGGCCAGUGUCAGCCCUGCGCAACCGCAGACGCAGGCCCCGGUGCCAGUGGUCGCUCCCAUCCCUAUAGCAUCACCACCGAAGAUUCCCAAUGGAACAGCACCAGGUGUUCAUCAGAGGCCGUCGGCGAGGAGUCGAGCGAAUAGGGCGGCGACGGAGGAAGCCCUGACCUCGCUAGCCUUGCUGUGCCUCGUUAGUUUACUUCUAGCACUAUUAGCUCUGCUAUUUCUGCUGAAGAUAUCGGCACCGGCGACGAACGCGCCCGAAGAAUUCGCAGUGGUGUACGAAGUGACUCUAGCGUUAUGUGCAUUGACGUUAUCAUUGAACCUAUGUUGUCUGCUGGUGUGUGCAAUUCAGUUCCUCUUUGCGGUGAAGCUGGUACAUUCGCCGUCUGCGCCCAACGGCCGAUCAAACAAGUACCUGCAAAAGUCAGCGAUAACCAGGGUUUGUGCUGUCGGUGGCUUCUUCAUAUCAAUACCAGUAUUUUUAACAGGUAUAAUCCUGUACACGUUCAUCCAGUUCCAUUCGACACCAGCGAUCGUCACUUCCGUAUUCAUCGGCAUCGGGAUAGUAUUUUGCGGCUGUGCGAUGGUCCACAACGUAUUCGUGUGGCAGAAAGAGAAGACAAACUUAGUCAAGGCCUUCAGAAACCCAGAUUUGAACGCCACGGGGGCUUCGCAGAUGACCAACGGAGUGGUGAUGAAUGGUCAUCUCAAUAACACGGGGAAUCAUAGCUUCCACAGCAUGACCGCACCGUAUGCUCAUCCUAUAACGCUGCUGCAGCCGGGAGGCCCGUAUGUUAUAAGGCCUCCGACAAGCACACCGCCCGGAGAAGGCGCCGUCACUCCCGGAGUGCCGCCCGCCACAGUCGACUUGAGCCACGACGCUCACGAGUUGAGCACGCUCGUGUGAGUUGUGACGUCACCACUCUGUAGCACUGCCACAAAGAUCUCGGAUGACGUCACAAUUCAGUAGCAGUACCACGAGGAUAGAUGACAUUGACAGGAGAAACAGCUGUCACUCAAAAUGAUUCCGCUACAAGUUGAGCUCGGCCACGAUUACUACAAAUUUUUGACGUCACAUGCUCUAAUGUGACUUAUGUGACGUCAAAACUUCUGUCACAUGCAUGACAGAAAGACAUGGAUGCGAAACAACUGCCACUCAAAAUUAUUAUACUGACCUAGACCCUAGUUUUGACGUCGGUAAUAAACUAAUAAUAAUUAGAUGACCUCAACAGGCGUGGUCGGAUGUGAAAGAGUUAAGAGUUAUCGAUACUUUUGGUUAAAUCAAUGGCGGCGUUAAUUUUGGUCACGCAAAAUGUAUCCUGUGGCACUGUAACUAAGGUGUGACGU